UUCAUUGUGGUCGAAAAAAAAUAUUAAAAAGAGAGUAUCACCGCCCGUAAUAACGAAACGCCACCUGAAAUUGUGUAGAUUAACUUAUUAAUUUCCCGACCAUAUCAAAUGAGGUGUUAUACAGUCUAUCAUAUCAGUACGGUUGCGGGUACAAUACUGAAACUGAUCGCCGGAAAAACGGUUAUCACGAUUAUGGUUUUCCAUCAGUAGCAAUUACAUGGCAAAUUUCCCGUUCAAUAAUCGCCUAGUGUUUUCACGUGUAACCAUUUCACUAAAAAAAUUUCGAUUGAUCUUUGCAACAAUUGUAGCCGCAAAUCAAAUAAGACAAGCACAGUAUCCGGACACAAAAUUGUUUAUAAAAUGCAUGUUAAAGAAGAUACUUUGAAUGAGAGCAUACCAAAAGAGUAUUGAGAAACAACAUGGAUAAAUAACACAAGUAAGAAAAGAUGUGUCCGGCUGUACAAACAACAUCAGCGACCGUUUUCUAAGAUGAUUGAUGGGUUUACGCAACAGUAAAUCAUAAUUAUAAAAAUGCCCAUCGGCAUAAAUUAUGCAUGGCCAAUGGGGGAACCGACCCUUGCCGCCGAGACUACAGGAAUCUUCUGGUCAUUGGGUCAUUGGAGCUAACCCUUUAUGGGUACUUGGUUUCUUUUUACGGCCAACACCAAAAGGGCUUAGACAGUCAUAUACAAUCGUUGUAACAACUCGGUUUGGAUUACCAGGAAAGAUCUUCGGAGAAUUCGGAAUUUUCAAUCGCUACUUGUGUUUUUUACCUUAAUGGCAAUAUUUAAAACUUUCAAUAGACAUGGCUACUCAAUAAAAUUUUCCCCCAAUAGAAAAGAUUUCUUAGCUGUGGCAACAUCACAAUACUAUGGGUUUAAAGGCGAAGGGAGUUUAUUUUUGUUGAAAUAUGACGACAUAAAAAAUACACUUCAUAGAGAAUCUGUGAUAACCUGGCAAGACGGUUUAUUUGACGUAGUCUGGAGCAAAAAAUUCGAGGAGUUAUUGGUGACUGCUAGUGGCGAUGGCUCUUUGCAAAUGUGGAAUUACAAACAGCCACAGAAACCACUGAGAACUUUCACUGAACAUACAAAAGAAGUAUGCAGCGUUGAUUGGUGUCAAAACCCUGUUGACGAUUUUAUACUAUCUUCGUCAUGGGAUAGUUCCGUUAAAUUGUGGGAUCCCAAUAAAUACUGUUCUUUGACAACAUAUAAAGGGCACACGAGGUUAGUAUAUGAAGUUAAAUGGUCUUCAUUCAUGUCAUCUUGUUUUGUCUCUGUUUCUGGCGAUGGGAUGAUGAGCGUUUGGAAUUGCUCUAUGCCGAUAAGACCUGCUACUACGAUAAAUGCGCAUCAGUCAGAAAUCCUAUGCUGUUCUUGGAGUAAAUUUGAUCCUUUUAUAUUGGCUACCGGAGGUGCUGAAGGUUUAAUUCGCGUGUGGGACAUUCGAAACUUACUUACGCCUGUAUAUCAACUCGAGGGCUGUGAAGAUGCGGUUAAACGUAUUCAGUUUUCUCCUCAUCAUCGAUCAAUUUUAACGUCUACUUCUUACGAUUACACGACUAGGAUAUGGAAUUAUGGUGCGUCUUCGUUAGGGUCGCAGUGCCAAAGUCGUCGCAACCAUUCGGACUAUGUGUAUGGCCUAGACAUGAGUCCUGACCGAGAAGGAUUGACGGCUGACUGUGGUUGGGACGCAUCGGCUCACGUUUUCUUAGCCUAAUUGCAGCCGUCUCAUGUUGGACGAAGUUACUGUUGAUACGCCUGGUAGAUGACUGGAGCGCUAGAGGGAUUAGUAGCGUAUCCAAAAGCGUUAGCUUUACUUGGUUGAGGUCUUGGACCAGCAGCGAACCUGUGUGCCGGUGCUUUGCUCAACAAAGGUUGAGCCUGGCGGUAGUAACCAGAAAUUGGUUGAACUGAUGGUUGUUCAUCUGAUUCCUGUUCGUUACCCUGCUAAAAUACAAAGUUGUUUAAUAAUUAGUCAAUGUAUAAAAUUGUUAUAAUAAAUCAAAUAAAUUGUAUUCAACUCA